CCCAUCCCUUCUACUCACCCUAUUCAUACAAAACUAUAGGAAUGCUUACUUUUUCUCACCCAAUUACUCCAAAACUUAACCCAGAACCUCCAAAACUGGAAGCUAUUCUUCAAAGAAUUCCCAGAAAAUGAAGAACUUGAGCGCGAAUACUACCAAAAACGACUGGCCCAGAUCCGGAAAUAACUGGGGACCUCUGAUGAACGUUGUCAAAUACAGUGUCGCAUCAGUACUCACAUUUGUAACAAUCAUGCAACAAGAAAAGGUUUUCAUCAGAGCUGGUCUCCUAGCCUUCGAUUUUAUAAUACUCUACCUUUUAGCCAAAGGGAUUCGGAGAUAUGACUGGGUAGCGAAUUAUUGUGGAAUAAUUGUUGCUACUAUAAUGUAUGUCCAGAUGACAGAAGUCAACCUCAAAUUCACAUAUUUUAGGAUAAAUGAAGGAUAUCUGAUCCAGCUUUCAGCAUCCUUAGUAUUUAGCACUUGUGUCACAACGAAUUGGAAGAUAGCUUGUAUAACCCAGACACUUUUGCACAUCCAUGGGUUAUUCAGGCUGAGGUCUAAAUUUGGAACUCUUGGAGAUUAUUAUUAUCCUUCAACCUUCUGAGCUUUAGCUUUCUUCAUUGUUGGCGCUUAUUCUUACUCUAACACACUUAAAUUAGAGUUUCUAGCAAAUUAUAAACAGAGGAAGACUCUUGAAGGACAAAAGGCGAUUCUGGAUUGUGUACCUGAAGGAGUUGUUAUCAUCACUAACAGCAAUGAGUUCAAGUACCUGAACCCCAAGAUCAAGGAUACCUUUGAUAUAUGUUCGUUCUACAAGACAGAUUCUGUGAUGAACGAGCUGAAGGCUAAUCAGAUUUACAUUAAUAAGGAAUUGGACAGGAUAAUAAAAAAAUAUUCCUUUGAAUACUCAAAUAUCCAUCUUCAGCCCAAGAAGAACACUGAAAAUUUUAUCAGUAGCUUAUUUGAAGACUUCAGAGUUGACUCGAGAGAAUCUCAAGAGGGCAAGAACGAGGAACAGGACUUUGAUGAUGAAAAUGAAGAGAAUAUCCCAAUGCAACAGUUUGAAAAGUACAUGCCAGAACAACAAACUCUAGAGACGUUCUUAAAGCAAGAGCGGGACUCUAUCAUGCAGAGCAUGCAUAUUAGAAAAGAGUCUAAAAUUAGCAUGCUGCAUAGCGGUGGGAAUGCUUAUCAUGAGGUACAGGAAAGAGAAUUUGUCAUCAAAACAACUAUAGUUGAGGCAGAUGCAGAAUCAGAAGAUGAUAUCUUGUUCAUGCACAUGUUUUUAGAUACAACUCAGAUCGGACAACUUGAAGAGGCCAAGGCUCAAAAUCACUACCAGCGCCAAAUGCUUGCUAAUGUAUCCCAUGAGUUCAGAACACCAUUGAAUUCAAUAACGGCCUCUCUGGAGCUGAUGAGAAUUCAGGAUUAUGGAAUAAAUAACAGAUUAGUCAAAAUAGCUUCAUCUUCUUGUAAAAUUCUGGGGAUGCUAGUUGAAGACAUUCUGGAUCACGCCAAGAUCGAAUCUGGAGUGUUCCAGAUCAACGAAGAUAUCUUCACCAUGACUCAGUGCAUCCAAGAAAUUCAAGAAGUUUUCAUAUUACAAGCAAGUGGAAAGGGCUUAGAACUAAUCAUAAAUAUUGAUGAUAGACUACAGAACUUAUCUAUCUUGUCAGAUAAGCAAAGAAUAAAACAAGUGUUGAUGAAUCUCAUAUCUAAUGCACUAAAAUUUACUGACAGAGGAUCUAUCACAAUAGAAGUCAGCGAGCAUAGAGAUGUUUUGGAAGAAUCGAAGUGAUAUGAAGAGAGCAAAUUUGCUGAAGAUGAUUUCCUCCACUGGCCAAACAAAGAGUCUUUUUCAGAAUUCUCUGAAAAUUUGCAGAGCUGAUAUGAUUCUCACAAAUACUCAUUUAACAUCAACAAGUCUUUAUUCAAAAGUGAGGAAGAGAAGGAUAAAAUAGAUCUGAAAGAUCAAAUUUCUAUUAGUCUUAAAGUUAUAGAUACUGGAAUAGGAAUUUCAAAAUCAGACCAAAAAUCUCUUUUUAAGUUGUUCGGGAAGCUGAGCUCUAACCACAAUAGGAACAAAACUGGCUGUGGACUAGGUCUAACCAUUUGAAAGAAACUUAUCGAAAAGCUUGGAGGCACUAUAACUCUUUCUUCCAAAGAAAAUGUUGGUACUACUGUGGAGUGCAAUUUCACCUGAAAAUGUUAA